GGCCAUUGACGGAGGGUGUUCUAUUAUCCGGCAGGGCAGCGUGCGGCCGCUGUAGGGGCAUGUCUGGAGGCCUAAAUGGUGCGUUGGCUGCGACAGCGGUGUUGGGGAUGUUGUUGGUGCUGUUGAGCUGUUGUGCUGUACGCCUGUGCGUGUUAAAUAAGUGUCAGUGUCUCUGCAAGCCCGCCCUGCCCAGGCCCGUAAGACCAGUACCCCCUGCACCGCAGCGACAAGUGGAGACGUCCUGCGAUCGGAAAAAGCAGCAGCAGCAGCAGCAGCAGCCACAUGGACGCCAUGAUGAACAAGUCGAGGAAGUCGUCCUCGUCUCUCUCGGACGUCUCGCCAAACACGAUGUACUCGUGCCGGGACGAAAGCGUGUCGUCGAACACGUCCGACUCCGUGCGGACACACACGUCGCCCGUGUCGCCAAGCCUGCAGUCCGUGCUUCCGUCGUCGAAGCAGGCGGCGGCUGCCGCCGCCACCGCCGACGUGACCAGCCGCAAGAGCAGGUCCUCGCACAACAAGAUCGAGAAGAAGUACCGCACAAACAUCAACACCAAGUUCAUCGAGUUGAAGGACGCCGUACCCACGCUCCGCGUGCUCGACAACGUCACCGACAUCAACUUCGACCAGCUCGAAGGGUUGGCGCCGGCGUCCCGCCUCAACAAGGCCAACAUCUUGUCCAAAGCCACCGAAUACAUCAAGCACCUCGAGCUGAAAAACGACCUCUUGCUCAACGAGGUCCGGACCUUGCGGGCAAACCCCAACUACAGCUACCAGCCGCCGAACAGCCUGCACAACGUCCCGAUCGAGGUCAUCAGCAACCUGCCUAACCAGCCCCAGAUGUCUCGCAUCGUUCUGCCGUCAGAAUUCAACAACGGCAGCAGCAACGGCAGCAGCAUGGUCGACAACAACCACAUGUCAUCUGCCUACCCGGCUGACAACGCAGGCGUGCUCUCCGACUCUUACAGACAUGAGCAAAGCCAUACCCUCUCAAAUAGGCUGCCCAACAGAGCGGCGGCUAGCUCAUUGCACCACCAAACCUCCAAGCAGCCCAUAUUGGGCAGCUACCCCUCCCAUGACACUACCCACUACAUACAGUCUUACAACCAUGUCAACGAACAGUCGCAAGCGAUGUGUUCCAGCGUUUAUCGUGAGGGAAGCAUCGAUCGUCGUAACUGUUACGGAUACCGUUCCAGCAUGAACAACAUCAAGUCAGAAGUCCUCGACUCUCCUUCACACACCCAACAAGCUGCAAUCCAGAAUCAUCCUCCAACAGAAUUUACUAGUGCCUACACAACGCAGCAGCCAGGGCUCUCUGUUGACAACAAUUCAUUGCAAAUGCAAGACAUGAGGGAGCAUUACUACAGCCAAGAUGGUUACAACAACAGUAGCAGUAACCACAGCAACAACAAUAGCAACAAUAGCAGCAUUGCCAAUAACAACAUGAGGCACAACAAUCAGCUUCAAGAACCGUUCUAUGAAGCUCCUAACGCAAGAUUGGCAAGGAAGAUCAUGAUAGCAGGAGUCACAACUCUUGUGGGUUCGAAUAUAGUCGGCAGUGGAGCCAGCGGGGGUCCUGCAUAUGGAAAUGCAGGCGGCCCGGAUUAUCAUUCGAUGAGCGCCAGCCCAAUAUUCUUCCUACUGACACAGUCAAUCAAGUUAAUCCAGCUGGUGACCUUUUUCUCAUGUGUCUACUUCUUUGUUCAGCCAGUAGUGUCUGGUUUCAUUAAUUGGAAGAAGGACAACGCGAAGAAAUCAGACAAAUAUCGUUCUUUCUAUUUGUUAACUUUUGUUGGGAUCAUAAGGUUUUUUUUGCCUGGAAUGUCUAGUUCCACCAGCCAAUUUGUUUCUCCAACUGCCACAAAUCAAGCCCCAGAAGUUUUCCCAAUUGACUUAACUUCAUUCCCAACCUCUUUCUGUGGGCUCCUGUUUGCUUACAUCAAAAUACUUAAUGUUUCAGACUGUUCAAAUCUGGAAGCUCUGAAGACGAAGCAUCCGAACUUAGCCAAUCCAAUAGAACACACCUUCAAUAAAUUGAUACUUUUAGACUUAAUUUUACGAAGAUCACCAUUCAUUGGCUAUUUAUUAGGCUUUAAGUCUAGGAUUGAAUUCUUAGUAAACUCAUUGCUGCGUAUUACACAAUCCGGCAAGACCCGUGAUAUCCAUUCUCGUAUCACCGAUUUUAUACAUUGUGAUCCUGGAUUCAUCAACUCUCGCUCGGUGGUCGACCAACUAGCUAGAAUAUUAGCCUCGUUGCAUCAGACAAAGUCCAGCGCAUUAACCGCAAAGCAACUUUACGGUAACGAUAGUGACAACUCAGGUCGUGGAUACAACGCAGUAUAUGAAUACCUGGUCAACACACCUACCAACAAGUUGAAUCUCUUUGAAUUAGUGGCCGUCCUAUGGUGCGUUGAUAACGUUCGUGCAAGAAUGGUCAAGUUUCUAGGAGAUGUCGUUAAUGAGGGUGCCAAAGUAGAUGAGACUAUAGAGGGCGACAUAAAGAAGUUGAUUGCUGAUAUCCGCAAAAUUGAAACAUUUGUACCGACACCUUGCAUCAAGCUCAUCAAGUGCUGCAAAAUAUUCAAAUCUCUGUUAGACCCAGAAAAUGAGUCCUAUUUGAAUGACGCUCUAAUCAUGAUUUUACUCAGUGUCGAAGAAAAUUUACUAUUAAUCAAGCAGAACAAUGAUUCUAACAAAGCGAUCAGUGAAAAACUAUUAGCUGAGCUACAUUCACCAAUACCCGUUCUUCGCAAAGUUUUGAUCGUUAUACACGCAGCGCAAAUUUCCGCCUUGUCUCAUACCAAAAAUGCAGCAUCUUCUUCUGCUGCCGCUGCUGCUUCAUCUUCUUCUUCAAAUACGGCUUCAAAAUUCUCACAACCCAUUCAACUCCUUUCCGAUGAAAAUAGACUGUCACUGCUGUGCUCUAUCAUUCUCCACCAAUAUGCAAUUGGAAACGUUGAUUAUGGACGCAGCUUGAUUAGAUUCUUGAAGGGAGAAAGAACUCGUAAAUUCAUGUGCAGUGACUCUGUUUCAUUGAUGGCCUCCAUUGCCACGUUCCGCACUAUUGUGGUUGUCCUGGACAAUGAAAAGCGUAAUGAAGGAAUUGCAAAUGAAGAUUCAGAGGAAGAAGAAAAUGGGGUAAAGGAAGAAAAUUUUGAAGAAAGUAAUUUGGAAGGGGAGGACGAGCAUAUCGAUGAUGACAAUAUUGUUGAUGAUGAUCUUGAUGAUCAUGAUGAUGAUCAUGAUCAUGAUGAUGAACUUGACUUUGGGCACUUAUCAUCCGAUGUCGAGAUGCUACUAACUUCCACUGUGAGUAAAAGAAAUGGUUUAGAAACGACUAUCGAGAGUGACACAGAUAGUGAAUACGAUGAAGGAAACAAUUCUCUAGUUUGCUAUUCUGAAGGACAAUCUUUAAACUCCAAUGACCACCGUAUUUUGGAAGAUCUACUCUGUGGGUUGAGACUUUACGUUGGCCAAGGUAAAACUGCCAGUGCAGGUGACAGUACAGACUAUGAUAUUUUAAGUUUGCACUAUGGGUUACAGAGCGAACUUAGCCACAGGUUGCUCGAAUUAGCCAAAGAGUUGGUUGGUUACACUGAAUAAAUACUUUAAUAUCUUAUUCGCUUGUAUACUCUUUACUUUGCGACCCGCUUUGACAUCUCAACCAUUUUACAGCAUUUUCAUUUCUUUUGUUGCUUUUUUAUGAUAAUUUCUGCUUUUGGGACUGACUUUAUAUUGCAUUUGCAUACCUACAAACAUUCUACCACGAUUUUAUAACCUGAC